AUGGAUACGUUUAACGUUCAACCAACAAACACUAGCUAUACCGAGGAUAUUUCCCUAAACGAAUAUAUGCAGAUCUUGGCUCCUUUAUUGGAGUUCAAUACCACAUAUAUCCCUGAAGGGCCUUCACGUACGGAAGAUGGGUUUCCACUUGUUGAACCAUCAGGCAAUAUAGAUUUGCAAUUCAUGCAGGGCCAUAUCAAUACAACGCCCAAUUCUAGUGAUUCUUUGGGCCAGAACGACGCCAUAGAUCCCCAAAACGAGAAUGCUGAAUUGCCGGGCUUAGAUAACCCCCGAGAUAUAUGCUUUGAUAUAGAAAGCAACAUGAGCAAUGACGGCCCCGACGAGGACGGUUUAGAAUAUCAGAGGGCAAAAAUAGCGUUUGAAGCAGAAGAAAACCCUACCCUAGAAAGUCAAAUUCGGUUUAAAAAGGCCCAGGAAAAAGAACAUUUACGAACCACAAGAAUACGACUUCGAGAGGCACUUAGUCAGUCAGAAAACGAUAUUUCACACCCGUAUAGCCAUAGUGAAGCUAUCGAAAACCCUGGAAUCCAGGCCUCCGAAGAUAUUGAGGAGCAGAACACUGGCCAGGAAGGAACGUUUGACCUAUUUUGCUCUGAUGAUGAGGCAGCUCCUAUACAAGAUUUAGCCAACCAUUCCAUUUUCAAUAAUGAGGCGAUCUUAUCAGUUUGUACAAAGGAGGAUGCUCCCAAGCCGAAGAAAGUGGCUAAAGCAAAGAGUGGCACUAGACAGGAUGAAUUGUCCAAAAAAUGGGGGGAAGCAUCUAAUGACAAAAUCAAGAAAGCAAAACAAAAGCGCGGUAACACCGGAGUACAAAAAUCAAAAAUUGGUUCUAAACCCAAGAAAAGAGAGUCCAAAAAUAAGGAACCCACUAGGCUAAAUUUUGACAGCUUAUUUACAUCAAACCUAUUUAGUAACGCAAAGCGGAAUACCCAAAAGAAGGCAAUCCCUGGGUUUUCGGCAGGAGAUAAAUCCAAAGCAUUGAGGGAGAUUAUAGGUAGUAUCCCGACUGACGAAGAAAUUGACAUGCGGAGCUUGUCUGAGCACAAAAAGGCUAUAAUGGAUUCUAUAUUAAAGUUCACGAAGAGGCCAAGAGCCGACCACGAGGGUGGUUGGAGACAUCCUAACAUGAAAACAAGCUUAUUCCACUAUCAGCGUGACCGUGAAAAUGCAUCUACUGCGCCAAGAGGGGGCUUUUUGUGCGACGAGAUGGGUUUCGGGAAAACGAUUCAGGCAAUUGCAAAUAUGGUCGACGGGAAAGCACUAUUGGAUAGAAGAGAGCCAGCAAUUACUUUGAUUGUCGCCCCUACGCAUUUAGUGUCGCACUGGCAACAAGAAUUAAUGAAACACAUCAAACCUGGGGAAUUGGGAUAUAUAUUUCCAUAUCAUGGAGCCGGAAAGCCUAAUUUAGAUCUCAUCAUACAUUCGGGAGGGGAUAGAAAUAUUGGGGUCAUAAUUACCACCUAUGGUGAAGUUAGAUCUUCCUGCAACUUUCCAGUUCCCCAAUUUUCAAGCAAGGACGAUCAAAAAUCAUGGAGGUUGGCAAAUUGUGAAGCACAUGAAAUUAAAAACCAUACCUCUAAAAUAAGUCAAGCAGUCAGGCUUCUGUCCGCAAAAUUUCGCUGGGUAAUAACUGGUACACCUAUCCACAACUAUGUCAAGGAAUUCUACCCCUAUUUCAAUUUUUUACAAGUCCCAGGACUGGAAAACCACGAUAUAUUUCAUGACAAGAUUGUGCAGAACGAUGUCGACCAUCGCAGACUUCUUAAUUGUUUACGUGCAUACAUGUUGCGCAGAACACAUGCAGAAACGCUCUUCGGGCGCCCUAUCCUGAAACUACCUGGCAUUGACGAAAAUACCAUUGUUGUCAAGUUCUCUCUCGUGGAAAGAGCUCUUUACCGCAAAAUAAUUAGCGGUUUCCUGGAUAAGAAUCUUCACUCUAUGCGAACUGUUGAGGGAAUUAGCAAUUACCUCACUCUCUUGCUCAUGCUACGGAUGUUUACUUCACACCUAUUAAUACCACAUAGCGCAAUAAGGCCAUUCCUUACCCCCCAGUUCAUGCUCGAAAUGCAUCCUGAAGUUGAAAAUAGUGCCCAGCUUGAGGAUGUCGAGAUGUACAACUCGCUUAAAACAAUAUUCGAGGAUCCGAUUCCUUCUUCAGAUCCUCAGAUCAAGGAACCACAACAUACUGAUCUUCUUACGAUGUUUAAAUCGGUGGCAAACAGUCCAAGUGCUAGACCAGACGUCAUGAAUUGCAUUGUAUGCGAACGGAAACCAAGAGAAGCUUUUAUAUUAUCGUGUAUGCAUAUUUGUUGCAGCAACUGCCUCCCAAAAUUAUCACAACCCGUAGAGGAGCAGUUUAUGUGUCUCUGUGGCUCCAUUAUACGGUUUAAAUCCUGCUUUGAUGUCCAAAGUCUCUGCCGUAGCAAGGCAGGGUCAAAAGGAAAAGGUGCUAAACCUCGUGACAUUAAUGGGCGUGAAGAAGGCUGCAUUGACUGGGCUUCUUCUGUCGGCCACAUGGUACCCGGUGCAAAGCUAAGGGCAGUGAGAUCAUUUAUUUCUCAAUGGCUGCAAGACUCUCCAGGCACAAAAAUCACAAUAUUCACGCAGUUCAUUGGGAUGAUGAGCAUCUUAUGCUCAUUAUGUGAGACCGAGGGCUGGGGAUACACUACACUUUCUGGGAAAUUAUCCCAUGCAACUAGACACGCAAAUAUCAAGAGGUUUCGCGAGGAAGAGAAAAUCAACAUAUUGAUAUCCUCUCUGAAAGCAGGAGGGGUUGGCCUCGACUUAACCAUGGCUACCAAGUGCAUUCUGCUUGACUUAUGGUGGAACGAGGCCAUAGAACAACAGGCAUUUUGCCGCCUAUUCCGUAUAGGCCAGAAGAAGGACGUCGAGAUUAUUAGAAUAUGUGUUGAUAACACGGUGGACGAUCGUAUCCAACUCCUUCAGAGCACCAAAUCCGCCCAUAUCGAAGAGGUAAUGGGUUCAAAAGUCUUUGCACAGAGGGACUCCCUCUCUGCGAUUCUAGAACUUUUUGGUACGGCGGAGGACAAAAAUACCGAUGAAGGAUAUAGAUUCUUGUCUGAUGAGAUAACCCCUAUGUCGGUGGAUGAGAUUUCUUCAAACGCAUAA